GGCGGGAGGCGGAGGCGCCGCGUAGGCCCGGGAGGCCGGGCCGGCAGGGCUGCGAGCCCCGGCCCCAUGCGCCGCCGCCUCCCUGCACGAUGUUCCCCUCGCGGAGGAAAGCGGCGCAGCUGCCCUGGGAGGACGGCAGGUGGGGUAUCACCCCAUAUCCAUCUCUCCAGUCUCUACCCUGUCCCCAGAAAAAGCCCAGAGGGCAAGGGACAAUCUGUAGAGGUUCCAGCCUUCCCAGGCCACUCUCAGGACUGGUCUGUGCUUCUCUCCAGCUGAAACCACCACCACAGGAUAAUGGGGGGUCCCGGCGGCUCUCUGGCGGCCUCCCUCGAAAAUGCUCCAUCUUCCACCUCUUCGUGGCCUGUCUCUUACUGGGCUUCUUCUCCCUACUCUGGCUGCAGCUCAGCUGCUCUGGUGACGUGGCCUGGGCAGCCAGGGGACAAGGGCAGGAGACCUCCAGUCCUCCCCGAGCCUGCCCCCCAGAGCCGCCCCCUGAGCACUGGGAAGAAGACACAUCAUGGGGCCCCCACCGCCUGGCAGUGCUAGUGCCCUUCCGUGAACGCUUCGAGGAGCUCCUGGUCUUUGUGCCCCACAUGCACCGCUUCCUGAGCAGGAAGAAGGUCCAGCACCACAUCUACGUGCUCAACCAGGUGGAUCACUUCAGGUUCAACCGAGCGGCGCUCAUCAACGUGGGCUUCCUGGAGAGCAGCAACAGCACGGACUACAUUGCUAUGCAUGACGUUGACCUGCUCCCUCUCAACGAGGAGCUGGACUAUGGCUUCCCUGAGGCUGGGCCCUUCCACGUGGCCUCCCCGGAGCUCCACCCUCUCUACCACUACAAGACCUACGUUGGCGGCAUCCUGCUGCUCUCCAAGCAACACUACCAACUGUGCAACGGGAUGUCCAACCGCUUCUGGGGCUGGGGCCGCGAGGACGAUGAGUUCUACCGGCGCAUUAAAGGAGCCGGGCUCCAGCUUUUCCGCCCCUCGGGAAUCACAACUGGGUACAAGACAUUUCGCCACCUGCAUGACCCAGCCUGGCGGAAGAGGGACCAGAAGCGCAUCGCGGCUCAAAAACAGGAGCAGUUCAAAGUGGACCGGGAAGGAGGCCUGAACACUGUGAAGUACCGUGUGGCUUCCCGCACUGCCCUGUCAGUGGGCGGGGCCCCCUGCACUGUCCUCAACAUCAUGUUGGACUGUGACAAGGCUGCCACACCCUGGUGCACAUUCAGCUGAGUCAGAUGGACAGUGUGGAAGCCUGUGCCUACAGGCCACGUUGCUCAGGCCCAGGACAAGGCCUCAGGUCCCAGGCCCAGCUCCAAGAGGAUGUUGAGUGGCCGGGAUCAAGACAGCAAGCUAUGCAACUGCAGCCGCCCAGCCGCCGAGGCAGGCUUGAGCUGGACCAGGACACGUGGGGUGCCUGGGACGCUGCUAGCCAUGGACAGUCAUCAGAGAGAGGCUGGGAUGUGUCCUGAGUGGGACUCUCCGCCUUUCUGCUCACCCUACUCUGCCCUCCCUCACGUGCCAAGGCCUGUGGGCAGUGGGGAGGGCUGAACAGGACAACCUCUCAUAAACCCCGCUUUUGUUCCUUCCCACUGGGCCGCCUCGUGCAGAGACACAGCAUAGGAGCCAGCAGCUGGCACAGGUGACAGUUGCGACUGGGAGGGUUAGAACUUCAGAAACCCGAGCACAAGCCCCACAGAGGGGAACAGCCAGCACUGCUCCAGCUGGUUGUCGCCGUGCCGGAAUGUGCGCCUAGUGUCGCCAGAUCCUCUGAUUUUUUGGAAAGAAACUAGAAUGCUGGAUUCUUAGGUGAAAUCUUCUGAGUUUUAAAUGAUAGCACCUAAAUGAAACUUUCAAAAAGUUUGGCAGGCCAG